ACCGCCCGCCCGCAUGUAAUUAGAAAAACUUCAGGACCAGAAACCAGAGUGUCACUUGGAGUGGCCUUAUAAGGAAGGGCCACCUGCAAAUCUUCAUUACUUCUGUGCAAACCAGACUGAGUUCUAGCGAGUAAAGAGCUUCUGUUGUAUUGCAUUUUAGAUUGAUCUCAAUAGCCUGUUGUGAGAAUGAAGCUGCUUAUCUGUGUCUCCUUGGUGAUGUCCUCCAUAGGACUGCUUGUGGAGGGUAACAUGAUUGGUGCACCUGCUGGUGCCUGUGAUACCCUCUCCCCCAACCCAACUGCACAUGGAGCCCAGCCACAGACCAGUGAUGUCCCCUACACCAUUAGUCUCAUGCCCUUCUAUAAUGCUAGUGACAGCUCUUUUACGUUCUACCCUGGAAGGACCUACACCUUGGGGAUCGCUAACGCUACUAAUGGAACAGCCGCUUUCAGAGGAUUUUUUGUGCAAGCAAGGCUGGUGAGCGAUGAUACCACUCGUGUUGGAAUCUUCGGUCCAACAGGGCCAGUGGCAAACCUAAGCAGACUCAGCAGCUGUCCUAUUGUGACGGAUGGAAUCACCCACAACUCACCUGUUGAUAAAGACGCCAUGUAUUUCACUUGGACAGCUCCUAUGGGUUACACUGGAGAUAUCAGAUUUGGAUUUGCUAUAGUUCAAACACAGAAUAACUACUGGGCCAAUCAGCGAACGGGAGUAGUUCAGCAGGCUCCAAGUACAAUAGUUACUACUACUGCUGCUGCUACUACUGGAAAUAGUUCAGCUGGCCUCACUGCUUCAGUGACCAUCUGGGCCAUUGGACUCGCACUCAUUGCUGCACUCAAGCCGUUCUGAACUGGAGUAGUACGUAUACUGCAACUGAGUAGUUGAACAUUCCAUUAGUGUGAUCAUUAUGUAUAUAUACUGAAGCUAAGUAUAGUUGAACAUUCAAAUUAGUUGAUCAUUAUUGUGUAUAUAGUCGUGCAAUCAUGUAAUGUACGCCAUGUUGUAAUUAUUCCCAACAAAUUUUAAAACUUUUAUUCA